AGACUCCAGGUCUCCAAGGUUAUCCCUCUAUGGCCUCCAGAUCUCACCAGGGGCUGGAGGGUCUGUGGGGCAGCAAGGGAUAGUGCUGGGUGCCCUCAGCACCUGCCAACACUGUGCUUCCAGCACCACGCUCCAACAAAAUCCCUCAGGAGCACCCCUAUGUCUGCUUGAGGGAAGUUUUGGGGGUGCAUUGCUGUUUUACAGUAAAAGGGAAAAUUCAGUCCAAGGAAGAGCAACAUUACUCCUUGCAAAGGCAGCUGUGGUGCUUUUCCCAUCGGAGGACCAUGCUGUGCACCAAGGGAACCUCACCUUGUUCCUCAAGGAGCUGAGAACUCCUACAUUUCCAAGUGCUGUACUGGGGCUGGGGGACUGGAGGAAUCGUAGAAUCCCAGUGUGGUGUCCCGUCCCUCCAGGGUCCCUGCCAUGGUACUCAAGGUGUUCUUCCCGUCGUGCUGCUCCUCGGCAGACAGCGGCAUCCUGGUCGGCCGCUGGCUGUCGGAGCAGAGCUCUGCAGUUGUCCUGGCCGUGGUGCACUUCCCCUUCAUCCCUGUGCAGGUGAAGCAGUACCUCGGGGAAGUUCAGCGCGCGACCAAAGUCAGCCUUUCUGUGCUCGGCUCCUGGAGCAACAGCAAACAGGAGAAAGAGGAGGGUCUGAGUGAGUUCUUGGAAGACCUUGGGACCAUAUUCUCCCAUGAGCCUUGGAUUCAGAUAAGCAAAGAGGGAGACAGCAAGUUUUGGAGCUGCUCUACCCUUCAGAAACACUCCAGCAGCCCUAAGGAGGAAGAAGUCAUCUUGGUGUACUAUGACCAGCGCAAAGUUAUGCUCUCCCAUCUGCACCCCCCUCUGGACACAGCUGAUGGGAGGGCAGAGGAUGCCUCCAAGCUCUCUGCCAUCUUCGACACCGUGGCCAGGAGCAGGGUGCUGUUCAUGACAGACAGGUACGACGAGGGGCCCAUCAAGCUGACCCACUGGCAGUCGGAGGGAGUCGAGGCCAGUAUCAUCGUGGAGCUGCUCAAACAGGCCUCUGUGCCUGCCUGCAUGCUCCUCACAUUCCUGCUCUCACUGGUCUCUGGGAUCUGCAGGAGCACGGUGCUGAAGUUUUGGCCUUUGUCUUUCUUAUGGAGCAAACUCUCAACUUGUGAGCAGCUGGGACAUCGCCUGCAGCACCUCCAGGUCAUCAGCAGCAACAAGAAGGCUCAAACCCAGACUCAGCUGAUGAGGAAAGCCAACAUCUUUGUCUCUCUACUGAUUGAUGUGGCCCUGGGGAUCCUGCUGAUGUCCUGGCUCUACAGGAAGAACCGAAUUGGUCACCUUGCUGACACUCUCAUCCCUGUGGCUGACCACGUAGCCGAGGAGCUCCAGGACCUGCUCCAGUGGCUGAUGGGAGCCCCAGCUGGACUGAAAAUGAACCGAGCUCUGGAUCAGGUUCUGGGCCGCUUCUUCCUCUACCACAUCCAUCUCUGGAUUAGCUACAUCCACCUGAUGUCGCCCUUCAUCGAGAUGAUCCUGUGGUAUGUGGGGCUGUCAGCCUGUCUGGGCCUCACUGUGGCUCUGUGCAUCCUCUCCGACAUCAUCGCGCUCCUCACCUUCCACAUCUACUGCUUCUAUGUCUACGGGGCCCGGCUCUACUGCCUCAAGAUCUACGGGCUGUCGUCCCUGUGGCGCCUGUUCCGGGGGAAGAAGUGGAACGUGCUCCGGCAGCGGGUGGACUCCUGCUCCUAUGACCUGGACCAGUUAUUUAUUGGCACUUUGCUGUUCACCAUCCUGCUGUUCCUCCUGCCUACAACUGCACUGUAUUAUUUGGUGUUUACCCUGCUCCGAUUGCUGGUGGUGAUUGUGCAAGGCCUCAUACACUUGCUCGUUGACCUGAUUGACUCUCUGCCCCUUUAUUCCCUGAUCCUUCGGCUCUGCAGAUCCUACAGGCUCGCAGCUGGAGUGAAGUUCAGAGUCCUUGAGCAGCAGGAUGGGAAACCUCUGCGGCUCCUUAUGCAGAUCAACCCUCUCUCCUAUGGUGCUGUUGUACAGACAUACAGGCUGCCUACCUACAGCUGUUACCCCAAGGACUCCUGGGCAUCUCUCUGCAAGAAGCUGUUCCUUGGAGAGCUGAUCUACCCUUGGAAACACAAAGGAGAGAAGCAGGACUAAAGACAGUGAAAGAGCUGGAGAACUUGGCCAGAAAAACAUACUGAAUCCUAAUGCUUUAGGACCAAAGGCUUCUUGGAGCCAGCAACUGCCACAUCCCUUUAAAUAGAUUUUGGUAACAUGAGAGGGGCUGAAUUUUUAAAGGCAAGUGUUUUAAAGCAUUA